GGCUGUGUUUCGAACAAGCUAAAAGUAAAUGUGGUCAAGUGACUUUGCUUAGAGCAGCCAGCCAGCAUGGCAGAUCAAGCGACAGCAUGUGGCCAGCUAGCUAAUGUUAACGUUACUUCUCUCUUCUUCGGGCUUAUGUCUUGGAGAGCAUAAAGGGAUAUUACUUGUAACACCAAAGAGUGUUUUGAAACAUUCAAACAGAUUUCUUUCUACUCUUCCAGUUAAAAUGUAAUGCUAAUGCUAGGCGGUAUAUGUGCCUUCCCCUGACCUAUCGAGCGGCUGCUAACGCUGCUCUGCCUGACGGUUGUUUCUCGACCUCUUUGAUUUAAUGGGUCCAAUUAUUGGGAUGUCACCAGAUAAGAAAACGGAAAUUCCGGGUAUGCAAGAGGAGCGGGCAGGGCUCAGAGGUGUCUGCGGUGUAGGAACGCUGCCCGAGGCGGAGUGCGCGUCCAGUCCGCUGGCAACUAGCGUGGAUCGUACCGGAGGUACCGAGGAUGAGGAGCUCACUAACCUCAACUGGCUCCACGAGAACCUGCUUCAGAACUUUACUCUCGGGGGCCCCGAAGCUCAGACGAGCGGCAGCCCCCUCUUUGACAUAGAAGGAGACUACGGGUCGAACCAGGGCCCGUCAUCCUCCUCCUCAUCUUCGUCACACAAAGGCAGGGAGAGGGAUUCGAUGAAGUCGAAACCGCCUUUCUCAUUUUCCCUGCUCAUCUACAUGGCCAUCGAGCAGUCUCCCAGCAAGUCGUUGCCUGUCAAAGAAAUCUACGGCUGGAUACUCGAGCACUUCCCGUAUUUCUCCAACGCUCCAACUGGCUGGAAGAACUCAGUUCGUCACAACUUGUCCCUGAACAAGUGCUUCCGCAAGGUCGAAAGGAGUUUGGGAAAGGCCAAUGGAAAAGGGUCGCUCUGGUGUGUUGACCCUGAGUACCGCCCCAACCUAAUUCAAGCUCUUAAGAAGCAGCACUUCCCAGCCGCACAUGCCUUCUGCACACCACCCGCCUCCCCACCCAGUGCCUCCUCACCCCCUCGUCAUCUCUUUCUACAAGGUUGCUCAUUUAAAGAGUCUGACAUUGAUGCUGCCACUGCCAUGAUGCUCUUAAACUCUGCCCCUGGGCACCACGUUGACCCAUGCAAUUCUGACAGCCCUCUGGACCUCUCUCGGCCCGACUCUGUCUUGGUGAGCAGCGAUCCAAAACAGGACCACAACUACAGCAGCGCAGCCCUGCAACGCUGCUCCUCUCGCUCCUCCUCUUCUUCUCUUUCCUCCCUGGACGAAGGCGGCUGCGAACGUAGGCAGUCUCGCCGCGCGGGCAGCGAGGGUUUCCACAGCGACGAGGACUCCGACCUCUGGGACGAGAGGGGCGUUCACCAGACUUCUCGACGUCCGCUCGCCGUCAAGUGGCCCCUUAGCAAGAGGGCGCGACGCGAGGUCAAGCCAGAGCUGGACGAGGAGCUGAAGGAAGCCGCCGGCUCCUUGCUGCACCUCGCCGGUAUACGCAGCUGCACGGAGGGCUCCAAACGCACUGUCAAGAGCACAAAACUUAGCAGGAAAUGAAGUUUCUUUUACCCCCAUAAGACCCUGGACCCAGUGAAACCCUAACCUCUGACCCCCCUGUGUCCCAGUGUGCCUCCUUCUCCUAAUCUGAUCGUUCACUGGCCAUUUUGAGCCUUCUUUUCUUUUCCUUUUUUUCGGUUUGUUUGUUUGUUUGGGAGUAUCUCUGUCCAACAAAACAAAUGGCAAUAGUAUCGUUCACACAGGAGAACAAAGCCAUAUACAGUAACUCGGGGGUAACUUUUGAGGGUGGGUGUUUGGGCUUAUGGAGAACCAUCAAGAUACCUAUCCAAAACGACCUGCCUGCUUUCUGUUGGAUUAGAGGACUGUGAUUCAAGAAUUUUCCUCUCAAAGACAAAAAGUGACACAAGAAGAAAAAAAUAAAUAAAACAAAAAAAAAAAAGCUGAAAGCUGGUUUUAUAACUCAAAGCGUUGCAUGCUUCCUCUUCAAACCCGUAUCCUCUUCCAAGUGAAUCUAUUUAUGAAGCGAACGAGUGCAUGUUUGUAACAGAUGAAAUCUAACCUCCUGGUGUUGACAUUUUCUCCUUUUAUUUUUCCUUUUUGUUGUUUUUGUGCUAAAGGAAAAAAAUUACCACUGUUUGGAAAGGAGUUCCUGCUCUUAUAGAAGAAAAAAGAAAGAGAUGCAAUAAUUAAUCCUCAACCUUAACUUUCUGACAUUAUUCCAUGGUGGCAUUUGUCAGUCAAGUAUGCUAGUUAAACUUUACAAUUAAGCGAAUGAACGGAGUAGUAUUAUGAUCUUGUUAUGCGAUAAACUUACUACACGCGAGCUGCGUCUCGUUUUCAGGAUUAGCAAAAUGUGGAUAUAGUAUUACUCUGCCACUGCCAAAUUGAGUUGCAAAGUUAGCUAGGACUUUGCUUGAUUUUGUGCGGCCAUUACAGCACAGCUGGGUUUUUUUCUGUUUGUUUUUGUUUGUUUGUUUGUUUGUUUGUUUGGGAAGAAAACAAACAAACAAACAAACAAUCUACUGCUAAUGGGACAUCUUUUCUUAUGUUUGGCGACAGCCUAUGCAAAGGGAACAUCUGCCUUGUUUUACCAGGUGUUCGCUGCGUGUUCAUAGGUUAUCCUCCAUAAAUUUUAUUUUUUGUGUGCACGUGCACAUGUGUAUCACAGUGCAUGCCGAUAUCAACUCGACCCUUGGAAUACAGUCAUGAGAAAAAGAAGUUAAAAUUUUUUUUAUCCUUCUACUGACAAAUACAAUGAAUAUAAUGUACUAUCAUAGUGACACAUCUCCCUGCUACUGCUGUACUGUAAGAGCUGCUCAGUGCUCUGCUUGCUUUUGGGCUUUCUGAAUGCAGAGUUGGCUAAUAGUGAGACGGGGGAAAAAGGAGCGGAUGGUAAAUGACCGCCACGUCUCACGCCAAUAUUUGGAUUUGCAGUUUGAUUAUAUCUCUGGCCUUGUUUAUGAUACCUUGUACUUUAGAAAAUUACUAAGUUAUACAGGUAAUUUUGAGUUGGCUGAUCUUGUGGCCAAGUUAAUUCGCAUCUUGAAGGAAGGUGUGUGUGUGUUUUUGUUUUGGGUUUUUUUCUGUUCUGAGACCCACAGCAUAGAGCAUCCAAAUGUAAAUAACAAGAAGGGGGACAGUAUAGUCACAAAGAAGUGAACUCUGUACACGCAGUUGCUCGCAGGCGAGAUGCUAAAGACACUUGUUUGUGCUCUGUGCUGUGCCCUCGGUUUUGGCUGGCUGCUAGUUUUUUGUCCUUGCUCUUCCUCCUAGAACAAAAUAAGGAAGUGCACGUUCUCUUCUCAAGCUGUGAAAUGGAGUGUUUAUUGUCAGUUGAUUGCACGCGGUUCUCUGAGGGGAAGUUGCGAGCCACUUGCAUAGAAGGCCACAGUUUUCUGUUUUUUAAAAAACAAACAAACAAACAAAAAAAACCCAAAUAGAAGCAGCGUACAGUCAACAGUAGCAUAGAUGAGUGCUAGGAUAACAAGCUGGAAAAUGUUUUUUUUUCCCCCCGACUGUACUGGAUCACAUGGUGUCACUGUGACUGGUUGUAUAGCGUGCAUGGUCGGUGCCAAACAUUUUGUCGUGCCACUGAUGCAAAACUGCAAACUGGCUGGGUUUUUUUUUUUUUUGUUAAUAUAUAUAAACCCCUCCUACUGCCACACUGUAAUUGUGAUCUGGAGUUUUUGAAUCAGGAAACGGGCGAUGACUCUGGUCAGUACGGUGACAUAACCAAUCUUUUGGUUUACAUUUGUCGCUUUUGAGUGGGAACUGCUCUUUGCAGACUAAGCUGCAGUUCUCAGAUGAUAACUGAGUGCAUACACUGGUCUUGUUUAGCUGUGAAAAAAAAGAACAAAUUGUUGUUCAUUAAUCAUCACCUUAUUUAUGACUUUAAUUUAUGGGAUUUUUUUUUUUUCCGAACGCAUCAGACACUGGUUAUUUAAAAUAAAUGACUAGGCACAGUAAUUUUUUUCCCUUCAUUCUGUGAACUUCCUUUAAUAAGUAUUUUUGUUUUUCUCCUUGUUUAUUUUCAGCAACACACCUUCCCCCCCCUUUUUCUGUCUUGUUACAGUGAUUAAGUAUUUUGCCAAUGUCUGUUGUCUUUAGAGCGGGUGUGUUUUCAAUUUAACCAUGACUGCCAGGUUUUCUUGAUGUUUUUGUUUUGCUUUUUGUUAGGCUGGAUAGAAAACAGUUAAUUAACAUUGAUCCUGAAACCUUUUUUUGUUGCCAAAUCGAUGUACAGCUGGGGCAUAGAUAAAUUUAAGAUUGAUGCACCCAAUCCCCCCCCUCCCCACACACACACACACACACACACACACACACACACACACACACACACACACACACACACACACACACACGCCACCCCAUGCGCUGUAGAAGUUCUUCUGGGCUCAUUUAAUCAUAUGGUUUUGUUUAGGUAUUAUGACUUAAGUAGUCAAAGAAACUGAAGAUUAGCUGUAAGACUCUUUUAUAAAAGUACUGCCACCCCAUAACUCAUGCUUCCAGGUUUUGUUAUUGAAUGUUUUUGAAUAUCACUGUAAAACUGGAUCUGAGUAACUCAGUCUUCAAGCAGCUGCUGUGUAGUUUUCAGACCUACUCUUGAGUGUCGGGACAACCGCAGAGAAGUUUUUGAGAGGCUAGUAGAGAUAAAAGGAAUAAAAAAAAAUCACCCCUAUCCUUUCUGUAGCACUUGAGAAAUAAAAGAAAUGUUGGUCUCAAGGUGACACCGAGCCAGUCGAGUCGAUCUGUGGGUGAGCUACCGAAACAUUUCUGGGUCCCAGGACUUGCACAAUUCCAAACCCAGUUUCCUUAUUGCUCAACAGCUGUUAUUAAAUAUUAAUUAUGUGAUUCUGUUGCAUUUCCUAAUUUCUUAUGGGUGUGCUGAGCAUUUUUUUUUUCUUGCAUUUGACAAAGCUGCCAACCCAGUAUGAGUUCGUGUCAGUUGUCUGCCAUGUCCAUUGGACCGACACACCUUUUUGGUUUUUGUAUGCUAACCUCUGUUGAUAAAAUGUUUAUAAGAUUUAUUUUCGCCAAAGAUAUGCAAUUGCAUUAUAUAUGGUAUUACAAAAAUAUUAAUAAAAACCUGUUCUUGUUUA